UAGCUUAGAUUUAUAUAAUAUUUCAGACCUAAAGAUGUCCCGCGGAUCCAGUGCAGGGUUCGAUCGUCAUAUUACAAUCUUUAGUCCCGAGGGACGUCUUUAUCAAGUUGAAUACGCGUUCAAGGCGAUCAACCAGGGAGCAACAACUUCAGUUGCUGUAAAGGGAUUAGAUUGUGCUGCUGUCGCUACUUUAAAAAAGGUCCCCGACAAGCUGCUUGAUGCUAGCACUGUGACAAACCUGUACAAGAUAACAGAUGGAAUCGGUUGUGUUAUGACAGGUAUGGUUGCUGACUCGAGGUCCCUGGUACAGAGGGCCCGCUACGAGGCUGCCAACUGGAAGUACAAGCACGGAUACGAUAUGUCUGUAUACGAUCUAUGCAAGCGGUUGUCUGAUAUCGCACAGGUGUACACCCAGAAUGCUGAGAUGCGUCCUCUCGGCUGCUCAAUGAUAAUGAUUGCAUUCGAUGAUCUGCAUGGUCCCUGUGUUUUCAAAACAGAUCCUGCUGGAUACUUUGCGGAUUACAAGGCCUGCAGUGUUGGUACCAAGCAGACCGAGGCAAAUAGUUUCCUAGAAAAGAAGUUUAAGAAGAAAUCUGAACUCACAGGAGAUGAAGCAAUCCAGACCGCUAUCAACUGUCUGUCAACUAUACUCUCUGCUGACUUCAAGCCUACAGAGAUCGAGGUUGGAAUUGUGACCAAGGAGAACCCCAAGUUCCAAAUUCUCACUGAGACUCAGAUUGAUUAUCAUCUGACAUCCAUUGCUGAACAGGAUUAAACCAGUUCAACAAAUCUUGCUGAACAGGAUUAAACCAGUUCUACACAUCUUGUUGAACAGGAUUAAACCAGUUCUACACAUCUUGCUGAACAGGAUUAAACCAGUUCUACACAUCUUGCUGAACAGGAUUAAACCAGUUCAACACAUCUUGCUGAACAGGAUUAAACCAGUUCAUUACAUCUUGCUGAACAGGGUUAAACCAGUUCUACACAUCUUGCUGAACAGGAUUAAACCAGUUCUAUCCAACUAUCACUUUCCAGCAAUUAUUGUAAUUUCUAAUUUCAAAAUUGAUUUAUGAAUAAAUAAACGUUUUAAAGUAAU